CGGCGGAGUAGAUGGAGGAGGAGGAGGAGGAGGAGGAGGAGGUGAGAGUCUGGAAGGCGGAGAGCAGAAUGAACUGGACGGAACAUGGACGGAUGCGGAUUACGGUAGCCUACUGGUCAGUCCGCCUUCCGACGGAGGUUUCGGUCGUUUGAAACGAAGAAGCCCGGUGAACAUGACCCAGGCCUCCGGUUUGUUGAUGCACAGAAGAGUCGCUGAUUUGCGCGUCGCCUCGUAUUGUCACUGAAGGGCUCGGCGUCAAGGAUGGUUUUACGUCUGCUGUGUGCUGUUUUAUAGGAUCGCUGGAAUGCUCUCAGUUUGUAUGCUGUGGUUUUAACACCAACAGAAGAGGAGGAAUCAAAGUGACCCCCCAUCCCUCCUCGUGUCGUGGGUCAGCUGCCAUCAUGGUUUUAGCCGUCCUAUUAGCAUCCUCACCCACCUGAUUCUUUUCUCGAGCCUCUUCAGACUGGAGCUCUUCCUGAGGGGAGCGCCUAAAACUCAAGUACCUAACAUAAAAAAAACCCAAAAUUAACCAAGUUUCAGCAUGAGAGAGCCACGCGGCUCCACGGGGCUACUCGUGUGGUCGACUUUAUGUCUGCUCAGCAGCGGCCAGCCCGCCGCACCUGACUCCUCGGGCCUGUCUCGGGCCAUCCGCGUGCCACUGCGGCAAGGCGCUCGCGACAAGCUGUCGCCGCCGCCACCUGCCGCUGCCGCUGACUUCUAUGAAGGAGGCGGCAGCGCGAGCCGGUACCGCACGCGGCGAGCGGCGGCGGAGGGCGGCCUGAGCUUUGUGGACAUGAUAGAUAACCUGCGGGGCAAGUCCGGUCAGGGAUACUACGUGGAGAUGGCCGUGGGUUCUCCUCCACAGAAGUUAAACAUCCUGGUGGAUACAGGAAGUAGCAACUUUGCUGUCGGUGCGGCUGCUCACCCGUUCCUGCGCAGAUACUACCAUCGAUCGCUCUCUACGUCUUACCGCGACCUGGGCAGAAGCGUGUACGUUCCCUACACUCAGGGCCGCUGGGAAGGAGAGCUGGGCACAGACUUGGUCUCAGUGCCACACGGCCCGAACGCAACGCUGCGAGCCAACAUCGCCGCAAUCACCCAGUCAGACCGCUUCUUCAUCAACGGGUCAAACUGGGAGGGAAUCCUUGGACUCGCCUACGCUGAUAUAGCUCGGCCUGAUGAGACACUGGAGCCUUUCUUUGACUCCUUGGUUCGCCAGACGUCUGUCCCCGACCUCUUCUCUCUCCAGCUGUGUGGCGCAGGCUUCACCCAGAACUACUCCCUGGGCAGCUCCACCGUCGGCGGCAGCAUGAUCAUCGGUGGAGUGGACUCGUCCCUCUACGUGGGAGAACUUUGGUACACGCCCAUCCGCAGGGAGUGGUACUAUGAGGUCAUUAUCGUGCGGAUUGAGGUGAACGGACAGGACCUCAACAUGGACUGUAAAGAGUAUAACUAUGAUAAGAGCAUCGUGGACAGUGGCACCACCAACCUUCGACUGCCGAGGAAAGUCUUCAAGGCUGCUGUCAAGGCUAUUGAAGCCGCCUCCUCCACUGAGCAGUUUCCUUCUGGGUUCUGGCUGGGGGAGCAGCUGGUAUGUUGGCAGGCCGGUAACACACCAUGGCACAUCUUUCCUGUCAUCUCCCUCUACCUGAUGAGUGAAAACCGCAACCAGUCCUUCCGAAUCUCCAUCCUGCCUCAGCAAUACCUGCGGCCGGUAGAGGACGUGUCCACUGCGCAGGAGGACUGCUAUAAGUUUGCUGUGUCUCAGUCCAGCACGGGGACAGUGAUGGGUGCUGUCAUCAUGGAGGGAUUCUAUGUUGUGUUUGACCGAGAAAAGAAACGCAUCGGCUUCGCUGUCAGCACCUGCCACGUGCACGAUGAAUUUCGCACAGCCUCAGUCGAGGGCCCGUUCCACGGUGUUGACCUGGAAGACUGUGGCUACAACAUCCCUCAGACAGACGAGUCCACGCUGAUGACCAUCGCCUACAUCAUGGCGGGAAUCUGCGCGCUCUUCAUGCUGCCUCUGUGUCUCAUGGUGUGCCAGUGGCGCUUCGCCCGCUGCCUCCACCCACACGGGGACUUUGCAGACGACAUAUCGCUCCUUAAAUGAUAAAAAAAAAAACUGUUGGCAGACUGUAAAUGUUGCAACAAGACGCUGCUGUUCACUGAGUGUUUUGAAAAGACUUUUCAGGAAUCUGUCCAAAAGUAUAGUUAUUGCCUUGCUGCCAUCGAGUUGUUUGCAAGGGAAACUAGAGCCAUUAAGAACUUGCCGGGACAAGAAAAGGUGCUGCUAUCAGCAUCCUCUCCUAUGCACAUCAGCAUGGCUAAGGGAACUAAAGUGGAGAACAAUGCAAAACUAACUGUUUAUUUAAGUUUUUUUUUAUAAAUAGUGUAAAAAUAAACCAUACAGACAGAUCAGAUCUUAGAAAGAUUGUUCUUUUUCUUUAACUUGCACAAGCUUAUGCAGGUUGGUUUAUUAGGAAUACGAGGAAAAGAAAGAAACAUCUAAAUGAUCAUUUCCUGGAACUGUUUUGCCCUGGUAUGAUUUGAACAUGUGGUUAUACUGUGUGUGCAUUUGUGACUUUAUGUUUGUGGCUUCUGCGUGAAUGAACCAAGCUGCGCCGGUACGUUUGCAGUUUUACUGCACUUGAAGCGGACACAGAAAGGUUAAAAAACUGAAGAGGUUACCUAUGAAAAUAAGAGAACAAUACAAAAUAAUUAUUGCACUUGGUUGCACUUGAGAAAAUUCUCCACAAAGAUGAAGUAUGCAGAGUUUAUCAAAUGUGUAUUGCUUAAAAAAUACAAAGUUAAAUGGCAUCAGAUGUCACUUUUUUCUUCUCGUCCUGAUAGCGUAAACGUAUUCACUGUAUAUAAAAGUGUUCAUCCCAAAUCUCCCAAACAGUGCUCGCUGCAUCCAUCUGAUCAUUUUCUUAUAAUAUAACACGUCAGGCAAACUUAAUAGGGCUUCUGUCACACACACAAACAUGUGCAGCCCAACAUCAGCUGGGACCAUUCAUGCUCUGAGAAGGAAACCAGCCCAAAGUAUUUUAUCCACUAAAGAACAGAAUGUAUGACUGUAAAGAAGAGUUUGUUGUUUCUGAAGAGGCUGUAAAUAUAUGAACACAGAACUGGAUAUUUAUCUGUCAGGUGCUGACUGCACUGUUGAACCAAUAAAGAACUUAUUGUAACUGUAAA